AUGGCCAAUCAACGAAGAAAGGCACCAUAUUCUGGACCUCUAGUCAACCAGUCUUGGAGCAAGCCAGUAUCAACUCCCUGGCUCAAGAUCCCUGCUGCGGUAGGAAAGCAAGAGCAGCCGGCCUGCAGAAUCACUGUUGACGCGUCUGAAAGAAGUGGAUCGUCCCACCAGCUAUGUUCGAAGACUGAUCGCACCCCUCACCACAGGGCGUCCAUGUUCUGUUUCCGGCAGCUCUGCGCGGGCAGCAAGGAAGACUUCACCGUCCGACUGGAAUUCACCCUGAACCUGUCCGCAACCCUGUCUACAAACGCCCAAACACCCCCAAACCCCAAGCCCAACUGCAAGAUCCUCAGUUCAGUACUCACAUACAUCGACGAAAUCCUCACCACAAUUGAGACCACCAAACAAUGCAUCCCGCUUCCCUUCUCAGCAGUGGCAGUACUUGUGUCCGCGCAUAUUGCAAAGGACGCGAAGGCCAUGAUGGACCUGACUUCGAAGACGAUGGAGACUAGGACAAAGAGUGGAACACCGAGAUCCAGAAUGUAA